AAAUUAAUCUUUGCUCCUAUCUUUUCCUAUCAAUUAACUAGAAACCAGUUAUAUACCUCUCCAUCAAAACCCCUCUCUAGCAAUGGUUCCUCAAAACCAACAGGCUCAGCGAACUCAACCGCAACCGCAACCGCUGCCACGUAAGGGUAUGAACCCCGUCCUAUGCAUCAUCGUCGCCCUCGUCCUCUUAGGACUCCUUGUGGGUCUUGCUAUAUUGAUCACAUACCUCACCCUCAGGCCCAAGAAACUAGUCUAUACGGUAGAAGCCGCCUCGGUCCAAGAUUUUGCCAUAGCCAAGGACGAUCACAUUAGCGCCAAAUUCAAUUAUGUGGUCAAAUCCUACAACCCGGAGAAACAUGUCACCGUGAGAUACCACUCCAUGCGCAUCUCCACAGCUCACCAUAACCAGUCCGUGGCUCACAAGGAGAUCUCUGCCUUCAAGCAGCGUCCUAAGAACGAGACAAGGAUUGGGACACAGCUUGUGUCGCACAACGUGGCAUUGUCUAAGUUUAAUGCUAAAGACUUGAGGGCUGAAACGACCAAAGGGCUGAUCGAAAUGGAAGUGUAUAUAACGGCUAGAGUGAGCUACAAGACGUGGAUUUUUAGGUCGAGGAGACGUACGUUGAAGGCUGUAUGCACGCCGAUAAUGAUCAACGUUACGGCCAACUCUUUGGAUGGAUUCCAGAGAGUUUUAUGCAAAACUCGCCUUUAGUUUGGAUUAUUUAUCAACUUGAGUUGGUUCCAUUUGUGUGCAUCAUAUGUGUAUCGAAUUAAUAUGCUAUGUGUCCUUGAUUGAUUGUGUCAUUGUGUGUAUGUGUGUGUGCUUCUUUUGAAUUUCUUCUUUGUUUUGUCUUUAUCGUUUCAUUAUUAUUCUUUUUAUAUGAAAAAUGUUUUAUAUAUGCAUGUAUCAAAUUAAGUUUUAUAUAUGUAUAUAUCUAAG